AUGGGUGCUUAUUUAUCAUCGCCUAUAUGUGACAAAGAUACAAUUGAAGGUUCAAAUAAUCAUUUAGCUUUUGCUGCAAGUUCAAUGCAAGGAUGGCGAAUGUCGCAAGAAGAUGCACAUAAUGCUAUACUUAAUUUUGAUAAUAAAACAUCAUUUUUUGCUGUUUAUGAUGGUCAUGGUGGAGCUGAAAUAGCUCUUUAUUGUUCGCGUCAUUUUCCGGAUUUUCUUAAACAACUUGAUUCAUAUAAUGAAGGACGAUUAAAUGAUGCAUUAAUUGAAGGUUUUCUUAAAUUUGAUUCUUUAUUACUUGACACAAAUGUUAAAGAAAUUUUACAAGCAUUAGCUGAUUCAAAAGAUAAAAAUGACAAUGAUGAACCAAUAGAUGAUCAAACUACUGAUGAUAUUGUUUUAUCAACAAAUACAAAUGAAGAAAAUAAUCAUAAUGAAGAAUUAAAUAUUGAAGAAGCACAAUUAUUAAAAAAAGAAGCUGAAUUACCUAUUGAAGAACUUCUUAAACGUUACAGUAAUGAUGGAAAAUAUUUUCCAUCACCUGUAAUUUCUAAAAAUAAAAUACAAAAUCCAUUAAAAACAGAUGAUAAUGAUGAAAAAAUUAAAAAUUUAGAAAAACUAAAAGAACUUCGAAAUUCUGAAACAACGAAUGAAGAUAAAAUUACAUCAACAUCAACAUCAAUUGAAACAGAUCAAAUUAAAUCUGAUGUAAUAACACAUGCUGAUGAAGAAAAUAUUCCAACAGAUGAUGUUUUAGAUCAAAAAAUUGCUGAAACAACAUCAAAUGGUGAAAUGUCAGAUGCAACUGAAGUUAAACCGUCAUCAUCUGAAUCGAAAACAACAUCAAAACGUCCUCGAAAAUCAACUUCAAGUGAUACAACAACAUCUCCAUCAACAACAGUCAAAUCUAAAUCACUAACACAUCGUUUACUUAGUGAUAAUAUUGAUGACUUAGAAGAAGAUGAAGAAGAUGAAGAUGAUUUUGAAUAUGAAGAAUCAGAAGAUGAAACAAGUGGUGAUGAAGCUGACGAUAAUGAAGACGAUGACGAAAAUGCUGAUGAUGAAGAAGAGGAAGAAGAAGCAACAGAAGAAGAAACAGAGGAAGAUGAAGACAAACAAGCAGAAUCAAAUAAAGCAAUAGAAAUUAAUAAACUUAUGAGAAAAUCAAUAAUGGCUAUUCUAAAUCGACAUACAAAGAAAAGAAAACAUAAUGAUGACAGUGAAGAUGAUGCCAAACAAAAUCAAAAUAAAGAACAAGAAGGAAAUGAUGAUGAUGAUGAAGAAGAAGAAGAAGCAGAAAGUAGUGAUGAUGCAAAUGAUACAGAGUUAGGUAAAAUGCUUGACAUGAGUAGUGAUCCAGGUUCAUCAAGUGGAUGUACAGCUGUUGUUACUCUUUUACGUGAUAAACAAUUAUUUGUUGCUAAUGCCGGUGAUUCUCGAUGUGUCGUAUGUCGUAAUGGUCGAGCAAUUGAAAUGAGUGUUGAUCAUAAACCGGAAGAUCCUCAAGAACGUACUCGAAUAGAAAAAGCUGGUUAUAAAGUAACAUUAGAUGGACGUGUUUCAGGUGGUCUUAAUUUGUCUCGAGCUAUUGGUGAUCAUGCAUAUAAAAAAACUCCUAAAUUACCACCUGAAGAACAAGCUAUAACUGCUUUACCAGAUAUACGUACAUUAACACUUGAAAAUCAAGAUGAAUUUAUGGUUAUUGCAUGUGAUGGGAUAUGGAAUUUUAUGUCAAGUCAAGAUGUUGUUGAUUUUGUACGUGGACGUCUGGAAAAACAAACUUUAUCACAAAUAUGUGAAGAAUUAUUUAUGCAUUGUCUUGCACCAAAUACAAGCGGUGAUGGUACUGGCUGUGAUAAUAUGACAGCAAUUAUUGUUAAAUUUAAUUUUAAUCAACAAUCGCCAAUAGACAUAAAUCAAGGAUCGACUGUAUUAAAAUCAACUGAACAUAGUCCAUGGCCAACAAUGUUUACAUCAGUUAAUAAUAAACGAUCAUUAUCAUCUGAACAUGUUUUAACAGAAGAAACAAAUGAUGAUGAUAAUUAUAGCAAAAAAUUUAAAAUUACUCCUGAGAAUGUUACAACUAAUACAGCAACAUCACCUUCGACAACGACAGGUUCUUUUUCUUUUAAUGUUGCUACGACAACGAAUAACAAUAAUAAUAAUAAUAACCGUUUAAAUGAUGAUCAACAACAUUAG